AUGCGUGUAUUAAGAAUAAUACAUAUUGCAUCAUAUUCUACUGUAGUUUGAGACUGUUUAUCUCUGACGUCUCUGACUAUCUCUUGCGUAUUAAUAUCUUCACAUUAGCACGUCAAAAAACUAGUUUGACAAUCAGAAAGAAGAAAACUUUAUUGCAGUGAAACUGACAGUAAUGGCUUUUGAAAAGUCGUGGAAUAUUAUUAAACAAACCGCUGAUGAGAAUAAACAUGAAUUAGUUCUAACAGGUCCAUCGAUUUCUGAAUUGAUCGCCAAAAAUGGUUUGGAUAAAACGCUUUUUGAUCUUCAGAAUUUAAACUACUUAAACAUAACCCAUACGUGUCUUCAAGAAAUACCUGAAGAAAUUGGGAAGUUACAAAAUCUUACUACAUUGGUAUUACAUUCGAACGAGAUCAAUAAACUUCCUGCAUCCAUUGAAAAAUUAACCAAAUUAAAAUUUCUUCAUUGUUCGCAAAAUAAACUGACUUCUCUACCAGAUGCAGUUGGAAAUCUUCCUCAAUUGAACAGCAUUAACUUUGGCACAAAUUUAUUACAAUCUAUACCAUGUCAAAUAGGAAAUCUUAAAUUGACUACUUUAGAUUUGUCCAACAAUGAUAUAAAAGUAUUUCCUGAUGUUUGUUAUACUGAAUUGGUCCAUCUUUGUGAAAUUUAUGUAAAUAAGAAUCUGAUAAAAGAUAUUCCUGGGGAAAUAUCUCGUCUGCAAUUUUUAAAAGUUUUAAACAUAGCUGAUAAUUUGAUUACAGCUGUUCCUGGUGAACUAGCAGAUUGUCAUAAAUUGAAAGAAUUGAAUCUAAAAAACAAUUGGUUGACUGAUAAAAGAUUAUUAAAGUUAGUUGACCAGUGUCAUACAAAGCAAGUACUUGAAUAUGUAAAGCAACAUUGUCCGAAACAAAAUACUACUACUACUACUAUUACAAGUAAAUCAAAAAAAGGAAAAAAAGGACAUAAAUUAUCUGAAAGUGAAAAUGCUGCAGCUCAGAUAGAUGCUUUAGCACAUAAAUUAAAAAUAUUGAAAACAUCAGACAGUACUCUAUCAAUAAAAAUCACACAACAUGUGAAAAAUGUUAGACCUUAUAUAACAGCAUGUAUUGUAAAAAAUUUAAUAUUUACAGAGGAUACAUUUAAAAAGUUUAUACAAUUACAAACAAAAUUACAUGAUGGAAUAUGUGAAAAAAGAAAUGCUGCUACAAUAGCCACUCAUGAUUUAAAUGUAAUUGUACCAGGUGAUUUAACAUAUACAGCAAAGCCACCUUUGGAAUUAGAAAUCAAACCAUUAAUGAGAAAUAAAAAUUAUACUGGAACAGAACUAUUCCAGCAAUUACAAAAAGAAGCUGAUAAUUUGCGUAAAGAAAAAAAGAGAAAUGUAUAUUCCGGUAUACAUAAAUAUUUGUAUUUACUUGAAGGUAAAGCACUUUUUCCGUGUCUUGUAGACAGUCAAGAACAAGUUAUAUCAUUUCCACCAAUUACUAACAGUGAUUUAACAAAGAUGUCACUAACUACAAAAAAUAUGUUAAUAGAAGUAACAAGUGCUACAUCAUAUCAAGUUUGCAGAAAUGUAUUGGAUCAAUUUUUAAAAGAAUUAGUUACCACAGGCAUUGGUUGUACACCUUCAGAUAAUGAAAAUAAUUUGUACUAUAGUUUACAAAUAGAACAAGUUAAAGUAGUUGAUAUAGAUGGUAAUCUGAAACUUGUCUAUCCUUCAAGGGCAGACUUAAAUUUUAAGGAAGAUAAUAUUAUUGCUUUACGAGAUUAAUAUAUUACAUUUUAUUGUUACUAUCUACACAACAACUCUCUUUGUUACUGACUUAAGAUAUAAGAGAUCUAUUAUUUUAAGUUGUAGGUUUUGAAGCACAAAUUCGUUAUUAUUAUUAUUAUUAUUACAUGUUUUAUAUGUUUUAUACAAACUUCCCUCUUUAUACAAAUGUAUAAACAUUUUUACUAAACAACUCUCAAUUUAAUAACGGAAAACAUACUUAUAUGAAUAAUGUAGAAAGUAGUUGUCUUGAUUAUUUGUGUUUGUGUAUAAAAUAUGUUCAUAAGUAAUUGUCA